ACCCAGGAAGUCAGACUGUCCUGCAUCAGAGCAGAACCUCUGAGGCCCGGUGAGGGGUAACUGGACCUGAAGGUUCUGGAUGACAAAGAGUCUUUGUUUGGGUUCUUUAAAUGAGUAAAUAGAUUCUUUUGGGUCCUGGGAAGGCUCUCCUCUGGUCCGGGUGUGGGUGAUGAUUCUGCUGAGGUUCUGCUGAGACCCAGAACCUCAGAGCCGGUUCUGGAGCUGGUUCUGACUGACGAAGGUCAGAGACUUUGAGUCAUGUUUGUUCUGAAGUUUCUGAGAUUAGGUCGGGAUUUUCUGAGAUCCGUCAGAAUGAUUCAUUCUGUCAGACGGGUUCUGUGACGAUGAUGAUGAUGAUGAUGAGUUUCAUCGUCGUCUCUCUGGUUCUGGACUUUGUCCCGAAUCGGUCUGCUGCUGAUCUUCAUCACAUCCACAGAGACUCAUUACUCAUCUUCAUCAUCCAGAAACAUUCACAUUUUGGCGCCGAUCCAAACCAAUCAGAACCGAUCCAAACUGAUCCAAACUCUCACCUGACAGUCCGUAAUGAGCCGAGUCAGAUUACCGGAACCAGAACCGUGAACCCAGCCUGUACAUCAGGCUGAAGGAAGCCAGGACAGAACCUGCAGAACCGGGUCGGCAUUCAAACCCAAAACAUUCCAGCAGAGCCGCCUGAGCCACUAACAAGCGGUCCAAACGGGCCGCUUUAGGACAGCAGGCAGAUCAAAUCUGAGCUUCUUAAAGCCACAGGUCAGAUUUUUGGAGAUUCUGUGGAGAAGCUGAGAGUCGUGAGCGUCUUCCAUGAAUUGGAUCAGAACCUGAAUGGAUCCUGGUUCUGAUGACAGACUGACACCAAAUGGGUUCAGUCACAAAAGUAUUUACACCCUGUGAAGUGAGCCGGCUUCCCUCCCAGACAGGAAGUGCUUACAGUCAAACGGACUCGGGUUCUGGAAGAAUGUGGUUCAGAACCGAUCCGAUCUCUGGUAAUACCAUCUGGUUCUGAGGUCAGAGGUCAGCUGCAAACACUCCAGAUUCCUGCAGUCACUGAUGCAGACAGGUGAGAUCUCACCCGGGCUGCUUGGUCGGUUUGAGGAUCGGGUCAUGUGACCCGGUUCAGGUGAGUCACCUGAGCAGGAAGAGCAGCCGCCACUUCUCCGCCUGCCUUCAGCGUCUCAUCAUGUCUCGGCCCGGCUGGCGUCACGCCUGCUGUUUUCCCCUUCGCAGCGCCGCUUCCUGUCGCUUCCCCCGGGUCCGGUCCGGCGGCCGGCGCUGCAUUUCCGUGGCGAUGUUCCGGCGCAGGAAGAAGAAGUACCGGCUGGAGAUCUCGGCGCCGCGGGACUUCCAGCACCGCGUCCACACGUCCUUUGACGUCUCGACGGGACGCUACGUGGGUCUGCCGGCGCAGUGGCAGAGCGUCAUCGACACGCUGAGGAGGCCACGCCCCCUGGUGGACCCGUCCAGGAUCACCAACAUCGAUCUGGAACCCAGGAAGCAGACGAUCGUUCGCGGCAGCUUCAUCGGCCAUGGCGACUACAUCAGUCACGUGAUCUCUGAGAUGAGCCGCGUUUCCGUCACCAGCUCCAACUCGCUGCGCCGCACCAGCCCGUCGGCACGGAAACGCGCCCAGUCAAUGGGCCGGCUGGGAGAAGUGGCGGAGGACGAGUCGUACCACUACCUGGAAAUCAGCCGGCGGAGCAGCAGCGUGAAGGCCGGCGGCAACGCCACCUACUGGCAGGACCGCAUCCGGCAGGUGCGCAGCGAGAGCGGCAGCCCCAGAGCGAACAGGAACCUGCAGAGAACCAAAUCCAGCAGCCAGGUGAGCUCCGUAUCUGAGGCCGCUCCGCUCAGCCCCACGUCGCCUCAGAGGACGACCUACACGCCUGAACCCAGCGUCCGCAACGGCGGCGUCGGGCUAAAGCAGAGGCCGACCUCCUACCACCAGGCGGCAGAGACCGGCAGGCCUCAGCUGAGACCCAGAGCCGGAGCCAAUCACCUGCCGGACCUGCUGUCCUCUUCCACAGAAACCCCCAGGAGGCCGCAUUCGACCUAUGACCUCAAGCCACCAUUUUCCCGCCCUCGGCUGCCUCCGCCCAACAGCACCAGCAGUCCCGUCAUCACUGGCAGAGUGCUGCCCCAACCUUCACCCCGCCCCUCCACAGGGGUCGAUGUUUCUACCAAACGCGCCUCAACGCCGCCGCAGACGAGCCUCGCUCAGCCGAACCGCCCCCCUUCCUCCACGCCUCCUGCCGCCCCGGAGAGAGCGCCCCAGAAGGUGACCCACGAGCAGUUCAAGGCGGCGCUGGAGAUGGUGGUGGACCCGGGCGAUCCCAGGGUGACUCUGGAGAACUUCAUGAAGAUCGGGGAGGGCUCCACUGGCGUGGUGUGCAUCGCCCGGGAACGGCACAGCGGGCGCCAGGUGGCGGUGAAGAUGAUGGACGUGAGGAAGCAGCAGCGCAGGGAGCUUCUCUUUAACGAGGUGGUCAUCAUGAGGGACUACCAGCACCCCAACGUGGUGCAGAUGUUCCGCAGCGCGCUGGUGGAGGAUGAGCUGUGGGUCAUCAUGGAGUACCUGCAGGGCGGCGCUCUCACACACAUCAUCGGUGAAACCAGGCUGAACGAGGAGCAGAUAGCGACGGUGUGUGAGGGCGUCCUGCAGGCGCUGUCCUACCUCCACUCUCAGGGCGUCAUCCACCGAGACAUCAAGAGCGACUCCAUCCUGCUCACGCUGGACGGCAGGAUAAAAUUGUCCGACUUCGGUUUCUGCGCUCAGAUCAACACUGACAUCCCAAAGAGGAAAUCUCUGGUCGGGACUCCGUAUUGGAUGGCUCCAGAGGUCAUCUCCAAAACGCCGUAUGGCACAGAGGUGGACAUUUGGUCCCUGGGCAUCAUGGUGGUGGAGAUGGUGGACGGUGAGCCUCCAUACUUCAACGAAACACCAAUCAGUGCCAUGAAGAAACUGAGAGACGAAGCGGCGCCAAGUGUCAAGAACAUGCAAAGGGUUUCUCCGGUUCUGAAGGACUUCCUGGGCUGCAUGCUGACACGUGACACACUGCAGCGCAGUGGCGCCGCCGCCCUGCUGCAGCAUCCCUUCAUGCUGCAGGCCUCCGCGCCGCGCUGCCUAGUGCCGCUGGUGGAGCAGCACCGCAAACGCAUGUCGCUCUGCUGAGCCUCACCUGGAGCCACAGACUGGAGGAUCCUCAGGUGGGUCACACCUGAGACUCACCUGGGAUCACACCUGAUGCUUCAGGAUUUACGUAAUACACCUGAGACCACAUUAAAGACUAACCUCAGGAUUUACCUGGAGCUUCAGAAGGACCACAUGUUUUCUUUCUACUUUUAUUUUUUUCAUUUAUUUUUUUACUUUUAUUUUCUUUUUCAUUUUACUUUUACUUUUUUAUUUUAUUUUUAUAGAGAUGUUGAGGAACCUUUUCAGUGUUUCAGGCAGGAAAUAGAAGGGAGGCGAUGUGCAGCGAAGGUCCGGAGGUCAGGGGUCAAACUCCAGAUUACCGCUUCCAGGAUAAAUAUCCUCUGAACUCAAAGCGGCGGCUGCUGCAGCUGAUUUUAUUUUUUAUAGACUUCAACCUGAAUUUGAGCUUUUAAAACAUUUCAUGUUCUUUCUAAUUUUGCAGCUCUAAUUCUUAAAUUGACAUUUUCAGUUAAAAUAAAAACAAUUCCAAACAAAUUGGAAUAAAAUAAAUCAGGUUUUUAUUCUGAUUUCAGAUCAAAUCACAUUUCAUGUUGAUCUAAUUAACAAACAGCUGAGAAAUUAAACAAUAAUUUCUCCUAUCAUCAGAAAUAUUUCAGUUUAUUUGUAAUUAUAUUGAUUUAUUAACAUUUGCACUUGUUCACAUUUUGACGUUUGUGAGCUUUUUUUUAAAUAAGGGAAAUGUUGAAUAAUCAUCAGUGUUCUUCUGUCAGAUUGUCAAUUUCUGCUUAGGUUCUGCUAUUUUAUGAGCAAUAUUACAUUAAACCAAAAAUGAUUUAAUUUUCAUUAAUAAACCAUCAGGUUAGACUUAUAAGUGAAGCGGGAGCAACAUGUAUGGAGAGCCAUUUUAGUCAAAAUUAGAUAGUGUUAUUAGCAAAUACUCAACCAAAUCAUGAAAUAAAAACAAAAUAAAUAUUUUUUAAAUAUA